UGUCGCCGCCUGUAGUGUGUUUACCUUCCCCGCCUGCUCGGCAGAGCUCUGUGGGCUACUGGGGCAAAGAGGACGGGAACGGAGCCCACGGAGAGCCCGAGCCCACAACUCGAGCUGGAUGUUAAGCAACAAGAUCAACAACAGCUGUAACUCAGUAUUUGCAGCUCACGCCUGUCUUUCCUGCUGAGUGAACACAACUUUCCUCCCAGCUGUUAACUGACUCCUGAGGAUCUUGAGGCAAUGGAUAACCAAGUGUUCGAGUCCACGGCCGAGCGCACCUUUCAGUACCAGCAGAGCCUGCCUCCUCUACCCGUGCCUUCUCUGGAGGGAACCCUCUGCAAAUACUUGGACGCGGUCAAGCCUUUUGCUUCAGAGGACGAGUUUCGCAACACUGCAGCCAUUGUGAAGCGUUUCGGGGAGGGCAUUGGAAAGCAUCUUCAUCAGAAACUUCUACAGAGAGCCAAGAACAGGCGCAACUGGCUGGAGGACUGGUGGCUAGACUCAGCAUAUCUGGAGCUUCGCAUGCCAACUCAGAUCAAUGUCAAUUUCGGGGGUCCGGGGCCGUACUUGGAGCACUGCUGGCCCCCUUGUGAGGGUACCCAGCUCGAGAGAACCAGCAUGAUUGUGUGGCAAACACUGCAGUACUGGGACCUUAUCCGCACGGAGAAGUUGGCUGUCCAUAAAGCAGGAAACAUGCCUUUUGACAUGCACCAGUUCCGCAUGCUCUUCUGUACGUGCAGAGUGCCUGGAAUUACCAAGGAUAGCAUUCUCAACUACUUUAAGACAGAGAGUGAGGGUCCUUGUCCUUCUCAUGUUGUGGUAAUGUGUCGCGGGAGGAUCUUUUCGUUUGAUGUUCUCUGCGAUGGACGCAUCCUCACUCCUCCUGAAUUACUGAGGCAGCUCACCUACAUUAAAAAGAGCUGUGAUGGAGAGCCAGAGGGGGAUGGAGUGGGUGCCCUGACCAGUGAGGAGAGGACCCGUUGGGCUAAGGCCCGGCAGCAUCUAAUCUCCAUUGAUCCUGUAAAUGAGACCAUACUGGAGACCAUUCAAAGCUCACUGUUUGUUAUUGCACUGGACGAUGCCAAACCAUAUUCCACCCCAGACAACUACACAGCGAUGACCCUCCUGUCUCUCACGGGUGAUCCUACAACUCGCUGGGGUGAUAAAUCCUACAACAAGAUCUGCUUUGCUGAUGGAACCUUUGGCUCAACCUGUGAUCAUACACCGUAUGAUGCUAUGGUUUUGGUAUCUCUCUGUUAUUAUAUUGACCAAAAACUGAAGGCCGCUGCAGGAAAAUGGAAGGGUUCAGAGGUGGUGCGUGACAUACCUGUGCCAGAGGAGCUGGUGUUCACUGUGGAUGAUAGAGUCAAGAGAGACAUUGCACUCGCUAAAGAGCAGUACACAAAAACUUCUCAGGACCUGCAGGUUGCCUGCUAUGCCUUCACCUCCUUUGGGAAAGCAGCGAUCAAGAAGAGGAAGCUUCACCCAGACACGUUUGUGCAGCUGGCCAUGCAGUUAACCUACUACAGACAGCACGGAAAGCCGGGUAGCUGCUACGAGACGGCGACUACGCGCAGGUUCUAUCACGGCCGCACAGAGACCAUGAGGCCGUGCACAGUGGAAGCCCAGCAGUGGUGCAAAAUCAUGCUUAACCCUGCAGCAAGUGCUGAAGAGAAGAGACGAGCCCUUCUUGCUGCCUUCAACAAACACAACAAAUUGAUGGAUGAGGCACAAAAAGGAAGAGGCUUUGAUAGACACCUCUUGGGCCUGUACCUGAUUGCCAAGGAAGAGGGACUUCCUGUUCCUGAGCUUUACUCUGAUCCUCUCUACGCUAAGAGUGGAGGAGGAGGAAACUUUGUCCUUUCUUCUAGCCUUGUGGGUUACACAACUGUUCUGGGAGCUGUUGCUCCAAUGGUGCACCACGGCUAUGGCUUCUUCUAUCGCAUCCGUGAUGACAGGAUUGUUGCUGCCUGUACGGCUUGGAAGUCCUGCCCAGAGACAAACGCUGAGACGUUCUUCCACAACCUGUGUACCUCUUUCCAUGACAUAAUGCAGGUCACCACCCUGUCCCAGCUGUAGAGUAAAGCUUUCUGGGAAAUUGAGUUUCCACAUUUUAAAGUUUAAUCAGAAGUCAGUAAUCGUAUGUAGAUAAGCUAGCACUUACUUGAAGUGUCUUCACCUUUAGUUGUACUAAUACUGUCUACAUUCAGGUUAUCUCCUGUGGAGUAAUAAGACUUUUCAGCAAGUUCCUGACGAAUUUGUGAAUAAUUGGCACAAAGAACCUGUUGUAAUCUUUUCCUUUGCUGCUUCUAGUCAUUAGACUCACCAGGAGCACUGCUGCAUCUUCAUUUGUAAUGAACUGAAGAACUACUAAUAGGUAGUACUGUGAUAAUAUAAACAGGUUAGAUUAAUUUGUCUUCAGAUAACUGUGGAUCUGCAAAGUGGGCAGUUUUAACACCAAGUUGUCCUUAAAUGCUCUCACUGGAGCUAAUAUUUAGUAGAUAUUGAAGUAAAGUUGAAUGUCCGGAUGGAUUGCUUUAAAGGAAAAAGAAUAAUAUGGCAGCUUUUUUGAAGUUAAUUUUGACAAAUAACCUUUUAUUUGGAUUAUGGAAGGCUGUUUUUUUUGUCUGUUUUAGUUUUCCUUGAGCUAGCUGGAAUUUCCAGGCCCUGUAGUGUUAGUGGAACGAGAUUUAAGUAUGUCGUUUUAUAAUAAUAGACGUGAUGAAUGAACAGGAACCGUUUAGUGUCUGCUUUUGAUGCACCCAUUCCUCUCAGUUCUCUGAUGAAACCUGUUACUCUUUGUUUAAACAAGUGAGUUUGUUGCGAACUGGGUUUAAAGCUGCCCAGUGUGUGCUCCAGUGUAUCGAUUGCCUUACUUAGUGUUUUAGAUCAUUUAUCUAACCCAGGGUAGCUCUAACAGUGACUACUAGGUGUUGGUUUGUUGUCGGUAGUGGGUUUAAAAACCAAAUGCACAGUAAAUGUUUCAAAUUCUUUGAGUGUAUUCAUAGAAAGCAGCAUAAACUCUUAAUCAUGCACAAAUCAAUGCAAACCAGCAGGAAUAAUACAGCCUGAUUAUUUCAGUUGUAAAAUGUUUCCUUGUUUCUUCUGCUGUUUUAAUUUUACAAUGUCUCAACGUGGCUCUAAUUUACAUGUAAAAUUUGCAGUAACUGCGAUUUUUGUUCUUGAAAUCAACCACCUUUUUCUCCAAAUUUGAAGAAAUUUUAAAGACAUAUAACAGUGAUUAUUGUUCAACAAAAGUGUGAUUCAAGUUAAAUUUCCUGGUUAUCAGAAAAGAAUAAGGAUCUGCCCAAAACAUCUGUAGCUGUUUUUAAAUUUCAGUGGAUUUACCAUAAUUGCCUUCUAGCUUCUGAUAUUAAUCUGCUUCAGUGAUGAUUUUUCCAUAUGCAGUCAUUCUUUUGAUUCUCACAGCAAUAUGCCAGCAUCUUUCUUACAUGUUAUUUUGUAUUGACUCUUGUUUAAAAAACUGAUGACUGAAUGGUUCACUGAAAGACUGGAAAAGCGAAGGUUCCAGAUGUUUUUGGGCGACAAAGCACUUACGUUAAAGGAAUGAAUUGGUCAACAGAGCUCAGUCAUUGUAGCAUGCUUUGAGAAUUCUGAGGUGUGUAAUCACAACACUGUAAUAAAUUAGAAACUUUAAUGCCUUCCAGUAUGAAUUUACUUCCAAAUACACUGCAAGUUUGCAUGUAAUGUCUGUAGAUUUGUAGUUAACCUACAUACUGUUUACAAUGCAAUAAAAUGAAGUGGUAAAAA